AUGUCGGCGACCUUCGAUCGAACCUGGAUAUGGCAUCCAUCAUAUCCCGAGCAUGAACCCAAUACCGCAGGCUUGUUUGUACAUUUUAAGAGACAGUUCUCCCUUGGCGCACACGAACUCCCGAAGUCUCUGAAAAUCCACAUCACUGCCGAUACAAAGUACAAACUCUACGUCAAUCGCCGGCUUGUCUCUUUCGGUCCGGUCAAAGGGGACCACAAUCUUUGGUUCUACGAUGAAGUCGAUAUUGCGCCGUAUUUAGUCGAGGGGAUCAAUUGUGUUGGAGUUCAUAUUCUUCGCUUCUUCUACUCGACCCAGUUCGCCACGUCAUUCCCGCGCCUGGCUACUGGAGGGCUCAGGAUCGUGGUCCCCGACUCGCCUGGUCCUUGGUCUGAGUUACUCAGCAGCAGCCCCCUCUGGGAGACAGCUAUCGAUCCGUUUGGCCGGCUCCGCGUCGACGAGCCCGAGGAUUGCUUUCUCCACGUCUAUGAAGUGCACAGCAGAGUAGAAACCGGCCGUUCGCUGGAAUGGGUACCGGCUAAAGUUCUCGAGUUCAAAAAUUCCACCGGCAAUUCGCCCCCUUGGCAUCUGUCGCCUCGUCUAAUACCAACCUAUCGUAUCCAGAAGGCCACAUUCUCAGCAAUACAUCACCUUCAAAGCGACGUGCAAGUGGAACACUGGAACAAGCUUUUGCUCGCUGGCGACGGAAAUGCGAAGCCUCCUGGCGAAUUGCGUCUCGCUCCGGGGUGCUACCAUCAGUUCGAACUCGAAGCAGCCCACCACAUGACAGCAUUCAUUCGGGUACUGUUCAAGCGUCCCAGCGAGGGGGGAGGGUAUGUGAAGCUUACAUACGCGGAAAGCUACGAAGACGAGCCGGACCUCUACAAAGGCGAGAGGCGAAAGGCUCACCGUCGCGACAUGACGAAAAGGCUCAUGGGUCCCCAUGACUUGUACCAUCUACAGGGCACAACGGACUUCAAUGGCCCUGGAUAUUACGACGAAGAGAUGGAGGAGCGCUUUGUUCCGUUCCACUUCCGGACUUUCCGGUUCAUCAAAGUAGAGAUAUACGCCGGAGCAACCGAGCUGGUAUUUUGCGGCCUCGAGAUGGAGUCUGCGCAUUAUCCACUGGACGUGCGAGCCUCCGUCUCAGCUCCUGAUGAGCUCGGACAGACUGAUGGCGACCGCGCAAUUGUCGAUCAGCUGUGGGCGACUAGCCUCCGCACCCUCAUAAACUGCAUGCACGACUGCUACGAGGACUGUCCAUUCUAUGAACAGCUGCAGUACGCCAUGGACACCCGAAGCUCUACACUGUUCACUUACUGUAUCUCUCACGAUGAUCUUUUGGCACGUCAGGCCAUCAUUCAAAUCUACAACUCCUUCCAGCCGAGGAUGAGCCUCACCGCCAGCAGGGCGCCCACACACCGCCAGCAAUUCAUCCCCACCUUCUCCCUGUACUGGAUCUGUAUGCUGUCUGACCACUAUGUCUAUUUUGGGGACAAACUAUUCUUGUCUCGAUUUCUAGUCGUCGUUGAUGGCGUCCUGGCAUACUUUGAGUCUCGAAUCGAGACAAAAUUGGGCCUGGUAAAGACUGAAUUCGGGCCAGGGAGCGGUGUAUGGAAUUUCGUAGACUGGACUCAAGAGUGGAAGCCAUAUGGCUAUCCGGCAAUCUGUGAAAGUACGGGAUUCUCAACCUUUACCAACGAGAUAUACGCCUACACCUUGAAGCUUGCAGCCGAAAUGGUCAGCGCUCUGGGGAGACCAGCCAUCGCAGACGAAUAUCAAGAGCGAGCUGCACGAGUGGUCGCUGCUCUCCAACAGCACUGUUUUGAUGGUGAGUUCUUCACCGACAGCAUCCUGUCCGCACAGCAGCCGCUCGGUGCAAUCGUGACGCACAGCCAGCACAGCCAGAUCUGGGCAGUGUUGAGCGGAGCCUCAAGCGGCGCCGAGGCCCAGGAGUUGCUGCGCAAGAGCAUGGAGCGGACGAGGGCUGGUAAAUUCGUGCAGGAAUCUAUCUCCAUGUCCUUUUACACAAUGCGCGCUCUCAGUCUCGCCGGGGGCGACCUUUAUGACAAGCACUUUCAUGCGUUCUGGAAGCCAUGGCUGGACCAGUUAGAUUUGGGUGUGACCACCUGGGUGGAAGACAGCGUCGCACAGCGGUCCGACUGCCAUGCCUGGGGCAGCGUGUCCCUCUACGAGUUCACGGCCGAAGUGGCAGGAGUACACCCAGCGGCGCCGGGCUGGAAGGCCAUCGGGGUGAAACCAAGGUUGAGGCUGUACCCGAGUUUCAACGCCAGCGUGCCGCUGAGCGUGGUUGACGGAGGGCCCAUAGGCAUUGUGCAUAUAUCCUGGACAACGUGCCUCACCACUGGUGAUGUGAAAUUGUGUUGA